CUGGGUCAAUACAACCGUUUGUCAAUUGAAUUUUCUCAAACAUUGCGCACGGUCACAUUUUGCAAGUCUGGUGAAAAAUAUCUAAUAUUUCUUCAGUUCAAGCUCAAGUUCAGCUUUAUUUUAAACGAAGAUUGUGUAAUUUGGCGCAGCUAGUUUCAAAAUGAGCCAAUCUGACCUUCCCGAACCGGAAAAUUUGUCCUCUCUAAUAGAGAAUAAUCCCCCGCUGGGCAAUGCACAAGCGAAACGGCCUGCCAGGGGCUGGAAGAAAGGCGCUACGACCACCAAGCAAGAUGCCCUCCCAAUUGAGGAAGCUUUGAAGAUGGAGUUGACUAGUGCGAAUAACAUGAAGACCCCGAUUUCGGUACUGCAGGAGCUGCUAAGCCGUCGAGGUCUCACUCCGCAAUACGAUCUGAUGCAGGUGGAAGGGGCAGUGCACGAGCCUACAUUCCGCUAUCGAGUGUCGUAUCAAGAUAAAGACGCCAUGGGCACGGGUAAGUCCAAGAAGGAAGCCAAACACGCUGCCGCACAGGCUUUGAUCGAUAAACUGAGUGGAAAUUCUUUCAAUGAGCAGCAGCACAACGGAACGAUCCCUAUUAAGGCCGAAAACCUUAGUGGAGCUGAGGAAGAACUUGCCGGCAAUCCCAUCGGAUGGUUGCAGGAAAUGUGCAUGGCACGCCGCUGGCCACCACCAACCUACGAGACUGAGACGGAAAUUGGGUUGCCCCAUGAACGUCAGUUUACGAUUGCGUGCUCGGUGUUGAAGUAUCGCGAAGUGGGUAAAGGCAAGAGCAAAAAAAUCGCUAAACGCCAGGCGGCACAGCUUAUGUGGAAAAAGCUCCAGGAUCAACCACUGGAACCGACGCAAUUGUUCGAUGAGGAAGGAAACGAGCUGAAGACAGCCAACAUCACGGAGCGCUUUGCCGGAUUGAAGGAUGCCCGUAUUCCGAAUCUCACAACCGGCCACGGCCAGAAGGUGUCCCAGUUUCACAUGAAUUUGAAGGCUCGCACUGGCGAUACGCUUCGCAAGCUGCAGUCUACUUGUUUGAACAGCACAUCGGUGGAUUUCGUCCAGAUGCUGAACGACAUCGCAUCUGAGCAGCGCUUCGAGGUUACGUAUGUCGAUAUCGACGAGCUGACGAUGUCCGGACGCCAUCAGUGCUUGGUGCAGUUGUCUACCUUGCCGGUAGCGGUGUGCCAUGGAAGUGGACCUUCGGCCAAGGAUGCCCAUGCAGCUGCCGCACGUAACUCGCUCGAGUAUCUCAAGAUCAUGACCAAAACGUAAAGUGGUGUUCAGCAAGCAACGCACUGAGCAUCGUCGAUGAUAUCACUCACAUAGUUCGGAAUAAAAACUAUUCCGGGUGUUGUAACAGAACACAUGGCUACACCCCACUAACACCCCGCUGCAUCCACAACAGUGUAGACAUCAUCGAGAAGCUCACCGAGCGAAGAUUUGAACAUACACGAGACAUACCUUUGACGUUUAGCGAAAGAAAAACUGUUCAACAUCCCCUUUCGGAACACUCGUCAGGGUACUUAAAUUCGCGCCACGCAAAAUUGGCGUCAAUAUUCCUUGAAACAAACACAUUUUUACUCUGCGUAUUUGUUGAGAAAAAUAUUAUGGGUUCUUUUUUUUCGUCUGCUCGUUGCCCAUUUCUCGUUAUUGUGUCGAGAAUACGGAAAAUAUAUGGAGAGAAAAAAAGAGUAUCAAGAUUGUAUUUCUACAUUAUUUUUAUUUGUUUGGGCUUUAUUUUACUUUGGAACAAAUUGAUAAAUUUAUAGUGUUUAAGAUUUUCCUCGCCACGCUAGAAUCGGUUUUUUCCAAUUUAUCCAAACAAACGAUUUCUGUAUUUCUAUAAACGAUAUUAACUAAAUACAUAAAUAACUAUUAUCGCUAUGGGAUAAUUAUAAUCCAAAUGCCUACAAUGAUAAGUAAUUCGCGAUUGAUAUCGCAACCACAUAAAUGGCCUUGAAGGCAUCAAGAUUAUAUGUUAUAACAAAUUUACUGUAAUGAACAACGCAUCUAAUUCUUCUAACCAACGGUAAAAAUUUAACACAAGAAUGAGUGAAAGCAAACAUUCGAGUUAUUUAUGUGUGUAGUUUAAUACAAAACUAAACAAACAUGAAAUCUUGGCAUUAUCAAGCAAACAAAAAUGAUUAGAAUACAAUACAGUUUUCACAGAGUUGAAACCAUACAUUAGAACAGAACUUUUUUUUUUAUUACAAAUAUUAGAAGCAAAAAUGUGUGCGUAUUGAAGCCAAACAAAUCACGCAUUGAAGAGUCUUGACCCCACUGAUGAUGUACAGGACAUAAGGGGGAAUCGACCAAUGCGUGAGCCUCGCGUAAAUCAACAUAAUACAAGCUAUACUUUGCAUAGAAUUAGUGGAUUUUAUUUUCCAAAAAAUACCAUAUCCAAGCAAUAAUUUAUUGUUCAGUUUUCAAUCAAUCAAUUGUGUUCCCCGUCUAUCUGAUUUGAUUUUGCAUACUAUUUUCUUCUUAUUUUAACUUAGUGUUUUCAGGAAAACAAAAAAAACGCUUCAUAUGAAUUGUUGAAAAAUCAUGAAUGUAUUUGCUGUCAUUAAUAGUAAUAUCUAGUAUUGAAAAAAAAACACAAAUGAUGAAUCGCAUAUAAUUACAGAGAAGGUUAUACUACACACACAUAACAUAAAUUAGUGGGAUUCUUUCAAGCAUUUUAUCUGAUAAUGGAACGAAGGCAAGAACAAGAAUCUGAACAGCAGGAAGAUUGGAAGUCCCAUAUUUGUAGGAAAAUGGGCAUUAUUUUAAUGCAAAGUAUAGAGGUUGUAACCAAUCACUGAAAUAUAUUAUAAUCCACAUUAAAACAUGAUAAAACGAUGUAUAUGAGUAUAUUUAUUGUGUGUGCGUGUUCAAACAUACGCUUUUCCAGAGAUUCAAUCCAAAAUUGAAAAUUUACUUUGCCCAAGAAAAAAACAUUUGAUGCCUGGAAAAGUGUAUUUUGCACGUAAUUUUAUGUAGUCUUCAUUAUCUCAAACAGCAAAAUAAUAAAUAAACAUCCAACUUG